AUGACAUCAUUUGACGGAUACGCGCAUGAGCAUGCAAAGGCAUGGUCCAGGUGUAUCAACUCGUUUGACGGCUUCGUGUUCGUGACGCCGCAGUAUCACUGGGGUUACCCUGCCAGCUUAAAGAAUGCUAUCGUCUAUCUCUACAAUGAGUGGAAGGGAAAGCCAGGCCUCGUUAUUAGCUAUGGGGGCCACGGUAGAGGAAAAGCUGCCGUCCAGUUACAAAGUGUUCUAAGUGGAUUGAAGAUGAACGUGGUACCAGAAGCUCCAUCUUUGACCUUUCCAGACCACGAUUUUAUGGUAAGAGCGACCAUUGGUGAGGAGCUGGGUUUAGCUGAAGAGGGGGGCAAGCAAGUAUGGGUUAAGGAACAAGAUGACAUUGGACUAGCAUGGGCACAGUUUCUAGAUCUAUUGAACGCAUGA